UCCACACGGACUAAAAAAAAAACCGCACAACGUCAAAUGUUUCCUAGCAACCGACGCUUUCCACAUAGAAUGGCAAAAUUUGUGCUAGCUGGCAAAGCAGACUGCCCUUAUUAUGCCAAAGCGGAACUUUUAGCAGACGCUUUGCAGCGAUCUCUGCCAAACUUCAAGGCCCACAAGAUCUCCAUCCUGCCAGGUGAAUGGGAGGAAUGGCUGGAUGCCACCUGCAAAAGAAAUGGCUGGAAACAUGAGAGCUCUCCUUUGGUUUGGAGGGAGCUGGUGGAGCAAGGGGGCAAAGGGAUGCUCUUAGGGGGCUUUAGUGACUUCUUAGAGCACUGCACGGACUACUACGGCAUCACAUCAGACAUGCCAACAGAAAUGAUGCUGAAAAUUGCAGCAGAGAACCUGGAGACCCAGAUGAGCCUUACUGAGGAAGAGAUGCAUCAACUCAGUCUUAUUCAACCCCUUCACAUAUGGAUCACAGGUGCUCUCAGCCUAACAUCCCACAUCUUGAUCCCCUGUCUUUUGUCUGCUGAGAUGUUCCCCAAAGUUGCUGCAAUCAGCCUCCACCUCUUGGAGCUAAAGGGGGAUGGAGAGGAACUGGAGGAGCUGAAAAGGGAGACUGAGGAUCAGGCACUUGCAAUGCUCCAUAAGGUGACUGUUCACACUGGUCUGGACCAAGCUUUCCAAGAAGCAGAUGUCAUCCUCCUGCUGGAUGAUUUUACCACAAACAGAGAAAAUGAAAGUGACGAGGAACAGACACAGAGAGUGAGGAGGGAAAUCUCAGAGCGGUACAGACAGUACGCACAACUCAUCGAUACACGAGCCAACAAGCAGGUGAAGGUGAUUGUGUCUGGAAACUCUUUCAUCAACCUGAGAUGUUUGCUCCUUGUGGAUGGCACAAGCUCAAUUGACAGCCACCAGUUUGUUGCCCUGGCAACACAGCUGGAGAAUGAAGCCAGGGCUAUAAUUGCUGAUAAGAUGAAAGUGAGAUCAUCAGACGUCACAGACAUCAUCGUGUGGGGAAACAUCAGCAGCAUUUUCUACAUUGACCUCCAGAGGGCGAGGGUUUUCAACUAUGAUGGGGCAAUCAAAGGACCGGCUUUCUUUUCCCAACCAGUCCACACGAUUUUUCAGGACAGGAAGUGGCUGGAAACAGAAUUUCAACACCUGGUGUGUCGCCGGCGUGCAGCAGUGGCUUCAAUGACAGGCCGAGCAGCUGCUGCAUCAUCCGCCAAUGGCAUUCUCAGAGUCUUGAAGGCGUGGAAUGGUGCUUGUAGUCCAGAUGAGGUCCUGUCUAUGGGAAUACUUUGUCCAGGCGUUUAUAAUCUCCCAGAUGACAUCAUCCUGUCAGUUCCAGUUACAGUCAGAGAUGGGAAAUGGUCUCCACUGCUUAAUGUGAAUGUUGGAGACGAGCUAAAGGAAAGACUUAAGAUUUGUGCAAACGAACUGCAACAGGAAAAAGAACUUGGAUGAGAAAAGCUGCAUGACUGAAGAGGUUGACAGAUAUCAGAAAAGGUUUAAUAAAAAAAAAAAAAAAACUUAAAAUGAUCAAAGGUCAGGAAAUUUCUU